AUGGAAAGUCUCUCGUUAAAUGAACGACAUCCGUAUCAUCGAUACAGUGGACAUCACCAUUCGAAAGAUCGAAGACACCGCUCCCCGCGACUCCCAACCCCAGAGGACUCUCGAAGCAGCAACGACACAAUCGAUGGUCAGAGUCCGCGUGAGGCUGCACCGCCUGUUUGUGACUACUCGCGUGCUGGCAUGAACGACAACAACGCCUCUCUGGCCAUUCCUAGCUCAGGUGGGCAUUACCGACGCGACAGUGGUAACGCCAAUGCGCCACACUCUCCUCCUUAUCGUCUGACCGACGAGCAAAAGCCGUCCCUUCCCCCGCUCAAGACUGUACUCGGCGAUAAUAUAUCCAGCCCUCCUCGAACUCCAAGCCCUCACGAGUCCGCCAUACAACCCUCUCCACGAGAGCCGUCCUACAACGCCUUGACUUACAAGCCUCCAGCUUUGUAUCCCAACAAGAAGCAGAGGACCGAACCUGCUUUGCACUCAGCGCCAGCGUACUUGGGUGGAAGCGGCUUCAAGUCCUCAUUUCCACCAUCCGCGACACUCGAGCCACGACCUUACAGCUCCUCUUUGCGCCCGCAGGUGCAGUUCCUCCCAAUAUCGGCCCCAGUAACUCGCGUGAGCACGCGAUGGCCGUCCGAUGUAGCUACCAGUCCACCGUGGCGAUCACAGUAUCCAACACACGCACAGCAAGCAAGUUCCAGUAUCGAUGCGCCAGCCAGCCAUUACCAGACACCCGAACAGACACCAACCUCUUCCAUGGUUGAACCUUCAUUUCCACGAACGAACGCGUUUCCCGGUCCAGCGCAGGACCCCUUUGCAAGAGAGAUGCGCGAGAGCUUUGCACGUUCUGGUCACCAGCGAAGAGGCUCCACUAGCAACUACAGCCUUUAUCCAUCGCGACCGUACGAGCGCGAGGCACCUCGCGCCAUGUCAUAUCAGCAAGGAGCGCGUCACUCGCUCCCAGUCAGAGGCGUUUAUGCAGAUGCACAUGAAAGUCCUCGGUAUGGCCGGCCGGACGAGCUGACGCGUCCGAUGAAUGGCUAUGGACAACCUCCCUACCAAGGCAAUAUGCCCGCUUUCUUCAUGCCCAGUCACUACGAGUAUCAGCACGGCAAGGCACGGAAGAGGAGCAAUCUACCAAAGCAAUCGACAGAGAUCAUGAAGAAUUGGUUUGAUAGGAACAUCACCAACCCGUACCCCAGCGAAGAGCAGAAAGCUAUGUUCUCCAACGCUACCGGAAUCAGCAUGACGCAGGUCAGCAACUGGUUCAUCAACCAUCGACGGCGCUGCCCGGAGCUGCGCGACAAGCGCGACAAAGGACGCAUGCGAGACGUUGAUGUAUGA